AUGGGCGGCCGCACCCGGGCGGGCUGGGUGGCCGCGGCGCUGGGCGGCCUCGGGCUGCUGUGCGCGCUGCUGGGCGCCGUGAUGAUCGUGGCGGUGCCGCCCUUCAUGCGGCAGCAGGUCCUCAAGAACGUGCGCAUCGACCCCAGCAGCCUGACCUUCAACGUGUGGAAGGACCUGCCGGUGCCCUUCUACCUCUCCGUCUACCUGUUCGACGUGCUCAACCCCCGGGAGGUGCUGGCCGGCCGCUCGCCGCAGGUGCGGGAGCGCGGGCCCUACGUGUACAGGGAGUUCCGGCACAAGAGCAACAUCACCUUCAACGACAACGACACCGUGUCCUUCCGGGAGUACCGCCGCUUCCAGUUCCAGCCGCACAUGUCCCGCGGCUCCGAGGGCGACUACGUCAGCAUGCCCAACAUCCUGAUGCUGAGCUCGGCCAUGAUGGCGGAGAAGAAGUCGAUGGCGCUGAAGUUUCUGAUGACCAUGGGCUUCUCCAGCCUGGGCCAGCAGGCCUUCAUGAACCGCACGGUGGGCGAGAUCAUUUGGGGCUACAGCGACCCCCUCAUCAAGCUCAUCAACCACUUCCUGCCGGGCAUGCUGCCGCUCAAGGACAAGUUCGGGCUGUUCGCGGAGUUCAACAACUCCGACUCCGGGCUCUUCACCGUGUUCACCGGCGUCAAAGACUUCAGCCGCGUGCACCUCGUGGACAAGUGGAACGGGAUCAGCAAGGUCAACUACUGGCACUCGGACCAGUGUAACAUGAUCAACGGCACGUCCGGGCAGAUGUGGGCGCCGUUCAUGACUCCCGAGACCGGCGUGGAGUUCUUCAGCCCCGAGGCCUGCCGGUCCAUGAAGCUCAUCUACCAGGAGGCCGGAGUGUAUGAGGGCAUCCCCACCUUCCGCUUCAAGGCCCCCGACACCUUGUUUGCCAACGGGUCCGUCUACCCACCCAACGAGGGCUUCUGCCCCUGCCUCAGGAACGGCAUCCAGAACGUCAGCACCUGCAAGUUCAACGCCCCCCUGUUCAUCUCGCACCCGCACUUCUACAACGCAGACCCCUCCCUGGCCGAGGCCGUGCGGGGCCUGCACCCCAGCGAGAAGGAGCACUCGCUGUUCCUGGACGUGCACCCGGUCACGGGGAUCCCCAUGAACUGCUCGGUGAAGCUGCAGGUCAGCCUGUACAUGAAGGCCGUCCAGGGCAUCGGGCAGACCAGGCAGAUCGCGCCCGUGGUGCUGCCGCUGGUGUGGUUCGAGGAGAGAGGGGCCAUGGAGGGCGAGCCGCUGCAGGCGUUCUACCGGCAGCUGGUGCUGAUGCCCAAGGUGCUGCACUACGGCCAGUUCGUGCUCCUGGCGCUGGGCGGCCUCCUGCUGCUGGUCCCCAUCGUCUACCAGAUCCGCACCCAGGGUCCCCGAGACACGGAGAGCCAGCCCAGCCCCGGGGACACGGAGAGCCAGCCCAGCCCCGCGUCCCCGCUCCUCCGGGGGCCCCUGGGCGGACAGCCGGCCGGCCCCGGCGCCUAG